AUGGUUGCUACGGGCAAGGAACUUGAAAAUGGCAGCUUGAAAGGUUCCCUGCAAAUCGAGGCGACAGGUGAAGAACAAAAACAGGUCCAAUCGCAUGCAGGACCUCAUGCAUUCUCGAGAGUGAUCCCCAAGGGCGCAUGCAAGGAGGCUCCACAUCCCUUGGGGCUCCACGAGCGAUUACACCAUAGUACUUCAUCCGAUCUUCUGGCAGCUCUCGCGGCUCAUUAUUGA